AUGUCGCAGACUAUUGAUCAUGUGAUUAAGCCAACUCCUUUUGUCAUGUUGAUUUCCCACGAUGCUACAGAAAGCGUACUUAUGUCUAUUAAAGUAUUACCUCAAGCGGAACGUGAGCGUCACACUAAAAUGGUUGAAGAAAAGACUAGCGAUAGCGAAGGAAAUAAUGGAAAAGCCACAGGAGAUCCAACGAAGGUCAAGAGUGAAGAAAAGCCGAGUAUCUUCAACUUGGAGCAAUCUCUCAUGUCUAGUCUGAAAACAUUGUAUGAAAAACAAAUUGCAUGCGAUAUUACUAUUGUAGUUGGAAAAGAUUCAGCGCGCCAAGAGUUCAAAGCCCACAAAUGCCUACUCUGCAUUCAGUCGCCAUACUUUCACAAAAUCUUCAUGGGAAACGAAGUUUCUAUCGAAGAGGAUUUGUGUUUAUAUCCUGCGGAUGAAACUGCGCUUGUCCUUGAAAAUGUGUCGCCUUCUGCAUUCACGAUUAUUAUCAAAUACAUGUAUACAGGGAAAUUAGAACUGGCUGAGAUGACAGAUUCCAUGAACGAGUACCUACAGUUAUUAUCUACGUUUGAUACUUUCAAAUUGCAAGAACCAAGCCGAAUUUUACAACGACUGAUCUGCGCAAAAUAUGCCAGUGUACUAGAGACCAAUCUUGUAGCAAUUAUGUUAUUCUGCAAACAGCAUCCACAAUUACACAUGUUAAACAGAUUCAUUGACACAGUGAUCAUGGAAAGGCCAGAGUCUUUUUUUGAUUCUUCUGAUUUUACUACGUUGAAUGUCGAAGAUCUAAUUGGCAUUUUGAAAAGACUUGAUCUCAAUAUUCCAGAGAUUGUAAUCUGGGAUAAAAUUAUAAAAUGGGCUAUUGCACAAGAUCCAGCACUACCAGAAAAUAUUAAAAAAUACCAAUCAUCAGAACGUCUUGUACUCCGGGACAGGCUUGGAAAUAUAUUACCACUUAUCAGAUUUCACAGUAUAUCUGCACCUGAUUUCUAUAAAAAAAUACAUCCAUACAAAUGUAUUUUUUCAGAUGAAUACUAUGAAGAUCUUUUGGAACACUACCUUGAUCCAAGGGACAAUGUACAGUCAUUGGAAACCAUAUUUACUCACAAACAGGAAGUGAAAGUUUGA